AAUCAGCACAGGGUGCUCUUCAGCCUCUCCUCCCUUGUUCACAACUGUUGCAAACACUGUGAAUAGUCAUUUAGUUCAGGUUUGUGGGCAGGAGGAAGAAGACAAGCUUUGGAGCCCUCAGCCCUGUGUCUACCAAGUAGCUGGAACUCUGGACAACUCUUUCAGUCUGGCAUGGCAGAAAAACCAAUGCAUAUGUCCACACAAACACCUAACAAUGAUGAUACAGAAAGAGAAAAUAUCCGUUGCUUAGCUCCUCUUGGCCACUUUGGGUUUGAAUGUUUGCCCUAUCAGCUGGUGAGCAAAUCCAUGCGGCAAGGAUUCUCUUUUAAUAUUCUCUGUGUGGGGGAAACUGGAAUUGGAAAAUCAACACUGAUCAACACAUUGUUUAAUACUAAUUUGAAAGACAACAAAUCCUCACAUUUUUAUCCAAAUGUCAGACUUACAGUUCAGACAUACAAUCUUCAGGAAAGCAAUGUUAAAUUGAAGUUGACAGUUGUGAAUACAGUAGGGUAUGGUGAUCAGAUAAACAAAGAAGGCAGCUACCAGCCAAUAAUUGACUACAUAGAUGCUCAGUUUGAGGCCUAUCUUCAAGAAGAACUAAAACUUAAACGUUCCUUCAGGUAUCAUGAUACUCGUAUCCACGUAUGCCUCUUCUUCAUUUCACCUACAGGACAUUCUCUGAAUUCCCUUGAUCUGUUAACAAUGAAGAACAUUGACAGAAAGGUGAACAUUAUACCAUUGAUUGCCAAAGCAGAUACAGUUUCUAAAAAUGAUUUACAGAAGUUCAAGAGUAAGAUAAUGAGUGAAUUGAUUAGCAAUGACAUCCAGAUAUAUCAGUUCCCAACAGACGAUGAAACUAUCGCUCAAACAAACUCUUCAAUGAAUGGAAUGUUACCUUUUGCUGUGGUAGGAAGCACAGAUGAGGUGAAAGUGGGAAAAAGGAUGGUCAGAGGCCGUCACUACCCUUGGGGAGUUUUGCAAGUGGAAAAUGAAAAUCACUGCGACUUUGUUAAGCUCCGGGAUAUGCUUCUUUGUACCAAUAUGGAAGACCUGAAGGAACAAACCCACUUUCAUCACUAUGAAUAUUAUAGGUACAGCAAACUGCAGAAAUUGGGCUUUACUGAUGUGGGCCCAGACAACCAGUCUGUUAGUUUUCAAGAGCUAUAUGAAGCCAAAAGACUAGAAUUCUAUGAUCAAUGUCAGAGGGAGAAAGAAGAGUUGAAAAAGAAGUUUAUGCAGCAAGUAAAGGAUAGAGAAACAGCAUUUAAAGAUGCUGAAAAAGAGCUGCAGAACAAGUUUGAACAUCUUAAAAGGAUCCAACAAGAGGAGAUUAUGAAACUUGAAGAAGAGAAGAGACAACUGGAAGAAGAAAUAAUAGAUUUUUGUAAAACAAAGGCUGCAUGUGAAACACUGCAGACUCAGGCAUGCACCAAUAUAAAGAAAGACAAAGAUCGCAAGAAAUAGUCUUUUCUUAGCCUUCUGUUGUAGAGCUCCACCAUUCUAUAUCCCAUCUACCUUUCUGCAUAGCAUUUAACUCUAAUUAGAGUUCUGAUUUUUAAAAUUUGUUUACUGAUUGUAUAUCUUUCUCAGCUAGAGUGUUAAAUCCUUAGGAGAAAUACCUUGCCUAUCUUGUUCAAUGCUGUAACAUAGACUAGCACGGACAUGGCACUCAGGCAAUGUUUUAUAAAAUAAAAAUGUGUAACAGUCUAACAAGUUAAUGAAGUGGUA